AUGCCUAUCUCAGCCGAAGAGACGGAGGUUCAAAAGCCAACUCCAAUUCCCAGGGAGUUGGAUAAUUCCUCUGAUAUACAAGACCGUAAAAACAACGCGACGAAUUCAUGUCACAGCUUGGAGAGGUCGACAGUCCAAACUGAAAAUGCUCAGGAGCCCCAACGUUGGUUUCAUUGGCAUGAGCCGGGUACUUCCAAAGCCGACAAAAAGCUCAUCUUGAAACUGGACUUUUUUCUUCUCAGCUACAGUUGUUUAUGCUUUUUUAUCAAGCAGCUGGAUGGCAACAAUGUGUCCAAUGCCUACGUCUCCGGCAUGAAAGAAGAGCUCGGAUUCGGACCAGGCAAUGAACUGAGCUGGAUGAACACGUAUUUCAGUAUUGGCGCAAUCCUCGGAGGACCAAUUUCCAACCUCGCCUUAACUGUUGUUCGACCGAGGUUCUUACUCCCUAGCGUUUUGUUCACCUGGUCGCUCUUCGUACUUUUCCUGUACAAGUGCAACCACGCAUCUCAGCUCUAUGGUCUUCGAUUUUGUAUUGGAUUUUUCGAGUCCGCCGCAUGGCCCGGAAUUCAAUACGUUCUUGGAUGUUGGUAUCGCAAAUCCGAACUCUCGCGUCGGAGUGGUCUUUUCGUGAUGUCCGGAGUGCUGGGACAGAUGUUUUCAGGAUACUUGCAAGCGGCACUGUUCAAAGACAUGGAUGGAAAAGCCGGAUUAUCAGCAUGGAGAUGGCUCUUUAUCUUUGAUUUCAUCCUUGCCAUUCCAGUCGCCAUCUAUGGUUUUAUAUUUUACCCCGAUACGCCUCAAAACACCACCGCAUUCUAUCUCUCCGAAUGGGAAAGAAAUCGAGCGAGAGAGAGAAUCGACGAAGAAGGUCGAACUCCCGUUGGAAAGCUGGACGCCACGGUCUUCAAACGUGUCCUGCUAUCCUGGCAAUUCUAUACCUUUUCACUCGCAUACGCCUUCUGGUCUCUCACCUGCGGGUCAUACGUGAUGCAGUACUUCGGCAUUUGGCUCAAGUCUCUGAAAGUAUACUCAGUACCUCAAAUCAACAACAUUCCUACUUCGAUGGGCGCCAUUAAUUUUACUUUCAUGGUCGGCACGGGAUAUGUCGCCGAUAAGCUCGGCCGACGAGGACCUGUCUGUUUCGCAGUCGGAUGUCUCCUGACUUUCUGCUAUGCUGUAUUCACGGCCUGGCCUGAAUCAAGAGGGUUGAAGAUGGCAGCGUUCAUUAUCACGGGAUGUUAUGGAUGUUAUACACCCCUUCUGGCGGGUUGGGUCAAUGCGUCAUGCGGUGGAGAUCAACAAUUACGAGCAUUUGUUCUGGCGUUUAUGGUCAGUCUUGGAUCGGCUGUUGUUAUCCCCUUCCAGCAGCUACAAUUUCCUAGUGGACAGGCGCCAACCUUCACCAAAACCCACGGCUGGGUCAGUGGGCUGUGUUUUGUUUUGGCGCUGACUUUAUGGACUGGGUUCGGAAUCGAUACUGUUGAACGGGUUUUCACACGGAAGCGCAAGGAGCGUCUACCCAAAGAAACCGAUGUUUAG